UCAUAAAUACAUUGAUUAGAGGAUGCAAUUUUUAUCGCUUUAACGAUAUGAAUAAAAAUAGGCUCAGUGUAAUUUUUUUUUCAGACUGGUGUAAUGACAGAGGAGUGACAGGAUAAACGUUUUCCGAGCUGAGUGACAUGGAGUUGGACCAGGUUUUUCUGCGAUUUUACGCCGAAGCCCGGGCGAAGGAUGGCGAAUUAUACAGUCGCUCCUCAUUACUGGCCAUAAGAAAUGCAAUUGAACGGUUCUUAAACAACCCUUCACACAAUAGAGACAUAAAAUAACAAAAGGUGAAGCCUUAACUUGGCCUCCUACGCAACGUGUGGUUUAACACUUCCCUCCACUGGUGUAGAAGAGGCUGCGAGAGUCAACGCGAACUCCGUGCUAACAGCUUUGUGUUCGAAGUAGAUGAAGAUUGCCGUCCGUACGCUCGCAUGUAUGUGGACGUGCUUGGGGUAAUAAUAAGGAGUUAAAAAUAGCGUUCAUCUUUUAAACCUGUCAAUCAUUCGAUAUUCAUCUAUUGGACGUGUAUGAGGAAAAAAGAAGGGGUUAUAAAAAGUGUUUAAAUUCGUUCGUUAGAAUAGAUAUUAACUGAGAAGCCGCUUUACUGCUCUAAAAAUUUCGGCACUGUUCGUUAACUAAUUUCUGUCUCGUUAUUUCAAGCGUUUAAUUAACUUACUACAUCUGUGACUAUCGAUAUGGGAACAGCAAACUUAACUGAUGAUGGACCGCAGAAAACAGUUGAACAACUGUUAUGUUCCGCUGGUUUAACUACUGGACUACGUGGCCACUUGAUGUUUCUUUCAGUAUUAAACUCCUUUCUGUUUAUCAGUGCAACCCUUGGGAAUGUUCUGAUCCUGAUUGCUUUUCACAAGGAGUCCUCACUACAUGCGCCAUCCAAGCUCUUGCUUCGUAGUCUCGCGACAACUGAUCUCUGUGUUGGUCUUAUUUCAGAGCCUGUCAUUAUUACCUUUUGGAUAUCUGUAGUGAAUGAACAUUGGAAUAUUUGUCGCUACGCAUUACUGGCACAUUUCAUAACAGGAUAUACACUGGGUAGCGCGUCUAUGUGGACACUGACUGCAAUAAGCGUGGACAGACUUCUCGCCCUGUUGUUGGGGCUGAGAUACAGACAAGUUGUAACUUUAAAGCGAACCUGGGUAAUCGUUGUUUCCCUUUGGGUUGUGUCCACUGCCUCUUCAGCAACCUGGUUUUUAAAUUCCCUCAUAACCUUACGGUAUGGCUUUAUACUUAUUUUACUAUGUCUUGUAACCUCGAUCUUCUCUUACACAAAGAUUUUCUUCACCCUCCGUCAUCAGCAAACUCAGUUACAAGACCAUGUUCAACAACUGAACCAAACAAAUCAACUGAACAUAGCGCGAUACAAAAAGGCAGUGUCCAGUGCAAUAUGGCUGCAACUGACGUUGGUCGCUUGUUAUCUACCCUAUUGUAUAGUGGCGGCUUUGUGGGCUCAUAAUGGACUAUCUUCAUCUAUGGUUAACGCUUGGAGUUAUGCAGUCACCUUAGGUUUGUUAAACUCGUCAUUAAAUCCGAUUCUUUACUGUUGGAAGCUAGAGGAAGUCAGACAAGAAGUGAAGAACACAAUCAGACAAGUGCUUUGCCAUUGUAUUUCGAGUUUUUGACCGCAGUAUGGUAACCGUCAGUAACAUUCUUUUAUUGUUGAAACUAAAGCAAAAUGUCUCGAAUGAAAACUUGAUUGAAGCUGUAAAUAAAGAGAUAAAAACAAUAAAUUGCAAUUUUUCUCUGUAUAGACCACAUUACACAGAAUUCAAAUUUAUUUAGAUUAAGAUUAGAGCAUGUUUCCUUCAAAACACAGUCAGAAAGCAGAGAGAUCUUGCUGAGAUGAUUGAGCAAUUCUGUAACAAAAAUGAAUACUUUCCGAGGGCACUGAGUCAUAAGAUAAGAUAAGAUAAGAUAAGAUAAGAUAAGAUAAGAUAAGAUAAGAUAAGAUAAGAUAAGAUAAGAUAAGAUAAGAUAAGAACUUUAUUAACGUGUCGAAGUCGCUAGCAUACAAUGUAUACUAAUUGGUGACAGAAGAUAAGCACGAUACACUUGAUUUUUUUCAGUAAACACCUCAGUUUCACUUUAUUCUGGUUUUCCCACAACUUUUGGUCAGCUUUAGUCUCAAAAUAUUCCCCAUACAACGAAUAUAGAUUAAGAUAGGGAUGCUGUAAUAAGAUAGGGAUGCUGGUGGCAGUUUAUUAUACAAAUAUUGUGACUCAAUUCUUCCGUGAGGCAAAACACUAAGGUUUCUUCGUUGCUUUCUUAGAACAUCUAGAGCUUUUAAAUUCUUAGUGUUACAAAGAAGGUGCAUAUUUUUGUAGCUGCCAGCGAAAAAUGAGUUUAUUACAAUAGCAUUGAAAUUGAUCGGUGAAGCGUGCUUUUGUACAUGUUUGAAGUGGUGAAGCUCCGUUUUAUUGAUCAAAAAAACUGAACUUUUGUAUGUUUAGAGAAUUGAAUCGUCGUGUCAAAUCGUUCAAGGUAAGCGUGGCAAGCAAUUUUUGUUAACGUCUCAAAACGUACUAUUGACAUAACAAAGAAAGGCUCCUGAUGUAAACAUCCUUCUUUUAAGACAGCUAGCUAAGUCUUCCGUCUUUAAUAGUGUAAGGUGAUGUGUUUGACGCCCAUAGGUCUUUAGCUUUAUUUGACCAAAGGUGAGGAAAACAAAUAACCUGUUGUUGUAGAAAAACGGCGAUAAAGUUAUUGGAAUGGAAAACAUAAAAAUAUUUCUUCGAGAAAUUUAAGCAUUGUUAUAACGAAAUAUUGUGCGACUUGCUCGUUAGCAUGGCUCAUAUUUCAUUGCAUUCACGUUAAUAUGGCGUGGAAAGGUUUUUGUAAACAGCGUCAGGAAUGAAACGACUUUUUUUAAUCAGCCAUUUUCUUCCAUAAAGUUAUUAUAGUUUUAGCAAAAAAAUGAACGAGUGAUGAAUAAAAUGUCUAGU